AUGUCCGCAAAACCAGAGAAGCAGUUAGCUGAGCGAUUAGUCCAGCGUAAGGGACUUAUUGCGAUUCGCAAUGCGUUGGACACAUUUGUACGCGAAUAUAAUCACGAGCGCGAUGCUUGUGAGCUGAGUGUACGGUUGGAAUCCCUAGAUCGGUUGUAUGUCAAUUUCAUGGAGUGUCAGGAUAUCAUCGAAAAAUAUGACAAACCGGAGUCACUUGAUGAGCACAUUGAGGAACGAGUGGACUUCGAACAACGGUUCUGUAAAACGAAGGGGUUUCUUCUUGCAAAGCGCACAGGGGAUCUGAACGAAACUUUGAACAAUUCGUUGCAGGGUCCACAACAAUUCGCGUCAAAUUUUCUUCUCCGUCUACCACAAAUAGAUUUACCAAAAUUCAACGGUGACUUCUCUCGUUGGAUUUCAUUCUGGGACACAUUUUCGUCAAUGGUUCAUGCAAAUGCUGACAUUCCCACCGUUGCAAAAUUGCAGUAUCUUAUUCAAUCACUCGAAGGGGAUGCCAAGAAACCAUUUGAAUCGGUGGACAUCGAAGCCGACAACUACGCAGUUACAUGGGAUGCACUUCUAAAGAGGUACGACAAUUCACGGUUCCUAAAGAAGCAGCUCUUUCGCGCAUUAUACGACUUACCAGCAGUCAAGCAGGAGUGUGCGAAACGCAUUCACACUUUGGUCGACGAUUAUCAACGUCAUGUUCGCGCCCUAUCUAAACUGGGUGAACCCGUGAAUCAUUGGGACACGCCGCUCAUCAAUUUGCUUUCGUACAAGCUGGACCAAGCAACGCUAAGAUCGUGGGAGGAGAAAACGAGUCAAAAGGAAAAUGUUAGGUACGAUGAACUGAUCGAGUUUCUAUAUCAACGGGUUCGUGUUAUCAAUUCCGUUGGUUCAGAUAGCCAUCAUUCAGCCUCAUUGAAGGUGGCCGGCAAUCAACAGAAGUACUUCAAGCAGAAAGUGUCUGCUAACACAGCAUCAACAUCAACUCCGAGUUACUCCUGUCCGCUUUCAUGUUCGGACAAUCAUUCGUUGCGUUCCUGUCCGAUAUUCCUGGGAAAGAACAUAAACCAGCGUCGAGAACUGGUCUCGCUGAAACGGUUAUGUUGGAACUGUCUCAGUUUGGGUCACCAGUCCAAGAAAUGUAAUUCGAAAUUCACUUGUCGUACAUGCCACGAGAAGCAUCAUUCGCUCUUGCACGAUCCUACUCCAUUGAGGGUUUCAUCCAAAUCAGCCAACCAAAUAAAUUCAUCUGUGUCAUCUACUAUGUCAUCGAAUUCCGCUGUCCCUACAGCAUCUCUGGUUCAACAGCCGCUUCCCUCUACGUCACAAAUCGUAGAAUCCUCUGGUUCCCGCCAAGUCAGCAUGGCAGUUCAAACUGCAUGCACCAUGACACUGUUGGAAACGGUUGUCCUCAAUAUCGUCGACGAUUAUGGCAAUAAACACAAAGCUCGAGUUCUCCUGGAUUCGGCAUCGAUGUCGAACUUCAUAUCGAAACCGCUGGCGAAGAAACUCUACAGUCGCCGAACUUCGGUGGACGUGUCUGUCGCAGGCAUCGGAUCGUCCACGAAGACAAUCAACAGUGCAAUUACUGCAACCAUCGAGUCAGAAGAUCAAGUAUGCUCGAUGAAACUACAAUUUCUGGUCCUGAAGCAGCCCUCAGUCGAGCUGCCAACUAUUCCGAUUGACAUUUCGGCAUGGAAGAUGCCGAAUGUGAUGCUAGCAGAUCCUUUAUUCAAUGUUCCUGGAAGUGUCGAUAUGGUCAUCGGCAGCGAAAGCUACUGGGAACUCCACACGGGUAGGAAGAUAUAUCUUGGCGAAAAUCUUCCUUGGGUAGUCGAAACAUCUUUUGGUUGGGCGGUCACUGGUCCCGCAUCUCGCACGGCUACCUGCAUUCCACGGUUCUGUUUUCUUUCCACGGCAGAUGAUCGACUAGAGGCUACAUUAAGAAAAUUCUGGGAAAUGGAAACAAUUCCAUCAGCUCCGGUUCAUUCCACCGAAGAAAGUCGUUGCGAAGAGCUGUAUGCUGCAACGACAACGCGCGAUUCGUCUGGGAGGUACAUCGUGCGUCUACCGAGAGUUGAAGAUCCUUCAGUCAUCCUUGGCGAAUCAAAAUCAAUCGCUGACAGACGCUUCCUGAGCCUGGAACGUCGACUCGAACGAGAUCCUGCAACCAAGGACUCAUAUCACCGUUUUAUGGAGGAGUAUUUGUUGCUUGGACAUAUGCAGAAGGUGAAAGAGCCUGUAAAUGAUCGUAUACAGCAUUGCUACAUUCCUCAUCACGUCGUAUUCAAGGAAUCCCGCACAUCCACUAAAAUCAGGGUAGUCUUCAACGCAUCAUGCAAGACUUCGUCAGGCUAUUCCUUGAAUGACACGCUGCUUAUUGGGCCUGUGGUUCAACAAGACCUAUAUUCGAUAUACCUAAGGUUCCGGACAAGAAUUGUCGCCAUCGUAGCAGAUGUCGAAAAAAUGUAUCGGCAAGUAUUGCAUCACUCUGCCGAUUUACCGUUCCUUCGCAUACGGUAUCGUAGGAAUCACACCGAUCCGAUUCUCACCUACGAACUACAGACCGUCACCUACGGAACAGCAAGUGCUCCAUACUUGGCAACGAAGACACUUCAGCAGAUCGCGAAAGAUCACGAGCAUUUAUAUCCGACUGCUGUCGAAGCUGUUAUUGAAGAUUUCUACGUCGACGAUCUACUGUCAGGAGCAUCGAACGUAGAAUCUGCCAUCACCCUGCGAAAAGAAAUCACCACUAUGCUUAACUCCGCUGGAUUCACGCUCAAGAAGUGGGCAUCAAACGUCCAGGUGGUCCUAGAGGAUGUCCCACCGGAAGAUCGAGCCGUUCAGCCUAUCCACGAUUUGCAGAAUGAGCAGACAAUUUCCACACUCGGCCUGCUUUGGGAACCAAUCGCCGAUUCGCUUCGAUUCAAGGUCGAAUUGCCUCUCCCUGCUGCCAUUCUCACCAAGCGAAAAGUGAUGUCAUACAUCGCUCAAAUAUUCGACCCAUUGGGACUGUUGGGUCCAACGACAACCAAAGCGAAGCUUUUCAUGCAACGGUUGUGGACAUUGAAGCGCGAUGGUAUUACUUGUGAAUGGGACUCACCUCUAUCAGAGAAACUUCAAGCCGAGUGGAAGCUCUUCCACACUACUCUUCGCGUUCUCGCCGAUAUCCGUAUUCCUCGGUUGGCGCUGGCUUCUGGAGUCAGCAAUAUUCAGCUGCAUUUCUUUGCCGAUGCUUCGUCAAGUGCCUACGGCACAUGCUGCUACGUUCGCACGGAAUCGCAGAGAGGGAUUACAGUACUUUUGUUGACAUCGAAGUCAAAAGUAGCUCCAUUGUCCACUCACCACUCCAUCACCAGACUUGAGCUCUGCGCCGCUCACUUAGCCACACAACUCUACAAAAAGGUAGAAGCGUCUUUGAAAAUAUCAGUCACUCCAUUCUUCUGGUCGGAUUCCAGUACUGUGCUUCAGUGGUUACGUUCAUCUCCAACUCGUUGGAAGACAUUCGUCGCUAACCGAGUGUCAAAAAUCCAGACCACUACGGAUAUUCUUCACUGGAGACACAUCGCAGGCUAUGAGAACCCUGCCGAUGACAUCUCUCGGGGUCUGAACCCAACAGACAUUGUCCAUCGUUCCCGCUGGUGGUUUGGCCCGCCAUGGUUAUCGCAAACAUCUGAUCAGUGGCCCAAGACCAUAAUCGACCAGCAGUACUCCACCGCAGCGUCCGAGGAAGGGCGCAAAACUACAAUUGUCACCAUGACUGCAGCACAAACUGAUUUCAGCGAAAAUUUGUUCGCACGCUAUUCCAUGUACGGGAAACUACGCCGAGUCGUAGCGUUUUGUAUACGCUACCUACAAUACUUGAAGGAUCGUUCCAAACAACGCAAAUCCGAUCCUCUGUUCACCGAACUUAUCGUUCUUCAAGGAGAUAAUAUCUCAUCCAUACCACGACUUUCCACCAAGGAGCUUCAACACGCCGAACAAUCACUGUGCUGCCUGUCUCAGCGCCAGAUUUUCACUGAGGAGCUCAACGAUCUAGCAAACGGCGAACAUGUUUCAAAAUCAUCGUCGCUCAAAUGGCUGAAUCCGUUCGUUGAUCAAUAUGGAAUCCUUCGCGUCGGUGGUCGCAUUGGUAACUCCGCAUUGUCCGAUGCAAUUAAACACCCGAUCGUACUGUCCUCUAAACACCCGCUGUCUGCUCUGUUGGCUAGCAGUUACCACUUAAAGCUACUGCACGCAGGUCCGCAACUCCUGCUAGCCACACUCCGCCAGAAAUUUUGGAUUCUGGGCGGCAGAAAUCUAGUAAAAGCCGUCUUCCACCAAUGCCACACUUGUUUCCGUUCCAAGCCCACUCUAGUCCAGCAGAGCACAGCCGAUCUCCCGGUAUCGCGAGUUUCGCCAACGCGUCCUUUUUCCGUGUGCGGUGUCGACUACUGUGGGCCUUUCUACGUCAAGUCAGCAGUUCGAAAUCGUGGUCCUACAAAAGUCUACGUGACCAUAUUCGUCUGCUUUUCAACCAAGGCUGUCCACAUCGAGCUAGUGAGCGAUUUGUCGACUCCAGCGUUCCUAGCUGCGCUCCGUCGUCUAGUCGCCCGCCGAGGGAAAGUUGUCGAGCUCCAUUCCGACAACGCAACUGCAUUCAAAGGAGCUUCUCAUGCCUUGAACAGGAUUUACCGUAUGCUGAAGGUGGAAGCUGUUGACCGUGAUCAAAUUUUCGAUUGGUGCUCCGAAAAUGAGAUCGUUUGGAAGUUUAUUCCGCCCCGAGCCCCACACUUCGGUGGUCUCUGGGAGGCUGCCGUCAAAUCGACGAAGACGCACCUCCUAAAGACCGUCGGAAACGCCAAUCUCACUUACGAAGACCUGUUGACAUUGUUGGCACAAGUCGAGAUGUGCCUCAAUUCUCGCCCGCUCACUCCGAUACCUGAGGACCCAUCCGACCUAGAAGUCCUGACGCCAGGACACUUUCUUGUUGGAAGCAGUCUACAAGCAGUUCCUGAUCCUAACUGGAAGGAUACUGCCGAUAAUCGCUUGGAUCAUUGGGAUCUGACCCAGAAACGUCUGCAGGUGAUCUGGUCCCGCUGGUACCCAGAGUACCUACAACAGCUUCAAUCUCGUGCAACAAAGGGUUGCAAUCCUCCAGUCACCGUCGAAGUCGGUGCCGUCGUCAUCAUUAAAGAAGACAACGUUCCACCAGCAAAUUGGCCGCUGGGGAAGAUCGUCAAACUUCAUCCCGGAAAAGAUGGCAUCGUUCGAGUGGUGACACUCCGCACAGCAUCCGCUACAGAGGUCGUCCGUCCCGUAGCACGCAUUGCUCUACUUCCAUCACCGAAUUUAACCUCAACCGCUUAA